AUGAUCCUGAUUAUUCUGCGAUACCUCGGUCGCGCCAAUUCACUAAUCACAGGCCUAUCGAUUUUCGUGACCCCUUUGACUUUGAACUUCGGUAGCAUUAUCGUGCCCUGGAAUUCAGCAGACGGGGAUCUGUCAGCCAACAGUGAUAGAUGUGCUCUUUGCACAAUUUCUUUAUCUGACGACAUGGCUCUAUUCUCCCAAGAAAUAAAGUCGGGAGGCAGAUUCAUGUGUGCGAUGCCCUCUGAUAGGGUCUAUGUUCUUGUCUUUGAAUCUCGACCGGCAAAUCAGUUGACGCCAGAUUUCGUCGAAGCCUUUUGCUCAUCUUUAUCUAAGAUUCAAGCAUUCCCAACGGGCGUCGUCAUCACUGCAAGUCGCAUCCCUGAGAUUUACAGUAACGGCAUCGGGCCGCAUAUAUCACAGGAUACCUUAGAAGGACAAGAGCAUAUAUGGCCUCUUCUACGACAGCUUCUACGGUACGAUACUUACUACUUUGUGACUUCCAGCACCCUAAUCAGGACCUUGGAAGCUCUUCGCUCAAUUGUCUGA